AUGGAGAAGACAUACUCACUAACUGCCCACUAUGAUGAGUUCCAGGAAGUGAAAUAUGGCGGUCGCUAUAGCAGCGAUAUCCUCAGCAACGGCAUGACCCUUCACCUCGGAGGCAGCCUAGACCGUCAUGUGGGGCGAGGCCGGGGAGGCACCUGGUCAAACGGUCGAAACAGAGAUCUAAGCAGCACCAGCAGCAGCGGUGGCCUUCCCCGAUGGAGCCGGAGGGAGAUCUGCCUCCUCUCGGCGCUGGUCUUCGCAGCAGGUAUGUGCGUCAUCUUGGGAAGCAUGCUGGCACUCAAGUACAUUUCCCUGGAUGCCCAGCAGGACCCGCAGUGCCGACAGGACUGCCAACGCAAGCGCUCCCUGCUGCGGGCGGCCCGCUUUGUUCAGGCCAAUAUUGACCCAACCAUCCAGCCCUGCCAGGACUUCUACUCGUUCGCCUGCGGUGGCUGGUUGAGGCGUCACGGCAUUCCCGAGGACAAACUCAGCUACGGCAUCAUUACAGCUAUAGGAGAACACAACGAGGAGAAACUACAGCGCCUCCUGCUGGAGCCAAUUAGGAGGCAUGGCCCCAACUCGGCAGAGCGCAAGGUCAAGGAAUUCUAUCGAUCCUGCAUCAACAUUAAAGAGAUUGACAAGCUGGGCUCGAGCCCCAUGACAGAGGUGUUGGACAGCUGUGGAGGGUGGGACCUGGUGGGUGCUCCUCCUGGUGCUGCUGGGUGGGAGACCGAGGGCGCCCCACAGAGGCCGGACUUCAACGAGCUGCUCUACAGGACGCAGGGCGUGUACAGCACUGCUGUGUUCUUCUCCCUGACUGUCAAUGUGGACGACAAAAACUCCUCCAGGAACGCCAUCCGGAUUGAUCAGGAGGGGCUCACGCUGCCGGAGAGAAGUCUGUAUCUGGGGCAGGACGAGGACAGCGUCAAGAUCCUGGCGGCGUACAAGGCUCUGAUGGAGCGCUUGCUGAGCAUGCUGGGAGCUCUCAACCCUACAGAGAACUCCAAGGAGAUUAUAGAGCUGGAGACCCGGCUGGCCAAUAUCACUGUGUCGGAAUAUGAUGACCAAAGAAAGGACAUCAGCACCAUGUAUAACCGCAUCACCCUCAGGCAGCUACAGCGCAUUGCUCCCAGUCUUCACUGGAAACGCUUGCUGGACAGAAUCUUCAAUGACAGCUUCCUAGAAGACGAAGAGAUCGUGGUGCUCGCCACCGAUUACAUACAGAAAGUCUCCGACAUCAUCAAGACCACUUCGAAGAGGGUUCUGCAUAACUACAUGCUGUGGCGCAUCGUGGCAGCGCUAAGCGAGCACCUAACCACCGCCUUCCGCAGCACCAUCCACGAGUUUUCUCGGGAGAUUGACGGCACCGAGCAGCAGCUGGAGCUGGGCAGGCUCUGCCUCACCCAGGCCAACAAACACUUCGGCAUGGCCCUGGGAGCCCUGUUCGUCCAGCAACACUUCUCCUCUCAGAGCAAGGCCAAGGUACAGGAGCUGGUGGAGGACAUAAAGCAUUCCCUGGACCUCCGGCUGCACGAGCUGGACUGGAUGGAUGAAGCCACAAAGGAUGCUGCCAGAGCAAAGCUGAAGCACAUGAUGGUGAUGACAGGAUACCCAGACUUCCUGCUCAAACCGGAGCUCAUUGAUCAGGAGUACGGGUUUGAUGUGGAUGAGAAGACCUACUUCAAGAACAUCCUCAACAGCAUCAAGUUCAACAUCAAGCUGUCUGUCAAGAAGAUCCACGAGGAAGUGGACAAGACGGCGUGGCUUCUGCCCCCUCAGGCCCUUAAUGCCUACUACCUCCCUAACAAGAACCAAAUGGUGUUUCCUGCCGGCAUCCUCCAGCCCACUCUCUACAACCCCGAGUUCCCACAGUCUCUGAACUACGGAGGAAUCGGAGCAAUCAUUGGCCAUGAGCUAACCCACGGAUAUGAUGACUGGGGGGGCCAGUACGACCGCCAUGGCAACCUCAAACAGUGGUGGACCGAGGAGUCCUACAGAAAGUUCCAGAGGAAGGCUGAGUGUAUUGUCAAACUCUACGACAACUUCACUGUUUACAACCAGAAGGUGAACGGUCGUCUGACUCUGGGGGAGAACAUAGCAGACAUGGGAGGCCUAAAGCUGUCGUACUAUGCAUAUCAGAAGUGGGUGAGGGAACACGGUCCAGAGAGGCCUCUGCCAGGCCUCAAAUACACUCACGAACAGCUGCUCUUCAUUGCCUUCGCUCAGAACUGGUGUAUGAAGAGGAGAUCUCAGUCCAUCUACCUGCAGCUGCUAACGGACAAACAUGCACCAGAGCACUACAGAGUGAUUGGCAGCGUCUCCCAGUUCGACGAGUUCGCCCGAGUGUUCCACUGUCCCAAGGGUUCCCCCAUGAACCCUGUGGACAAGUGCUCAGUUUGGUGACCUCUCCGUCCAGCCUGCUGACCUGGGAUUAACUUCAUCUUUAAAGCAACCAGUGUCCCUGAGCCGCCUCCCUCUCCAACAUCCCAUAUUUGCCAGAGCCAACAGGACGAUGCAGAGAAAUCCCAUUCAUGCCUGUGACAGACACAUGGAGGAAACGUAUCGUCUCAUCCUCAUUAUAUUUCUUGACUUUAUACAUCGAUUGUCUGUUAAUAACUGUCUGUACUAAUCAAACGAAGCAUGGGUUACAUGGCUAUUGAUUGUGUACAUAUAUGAUUUGAUUAUAUAUAUUUUUCUAUGUUUGAUUUACUUUCAGAUCAUCUAUUUUUGUAUUUAGCAGAUAUUCCACAUACAUUACGCAUAGGAUUCAUAAGCGAUUUGUUUUUUAAUUAAGCAACAUGUUCGCUUCCUUCGUAGCAUCAUCUAGACAAACUUCAGCUUAUGUGAAGAGUAAAGAGGGGCACAUGUAAACUGGGCAAGGACCCAUUUAAACGAACUGGGAUCAGUAGCGUCCUGGUGCCUGCCAAAACAUUGGUGUCGUCUCAGUUUGGGUUCGGACUUUGAUUUGUACAAUGCUGCCCUCUUGUGGCCGCAGAGAGCAAUGGUCAGUGUUGAGCCGUCAUGACUGUUGUAUUUGUUUGCCUGCAUUGGUCUCUUGUCACUGUGAGUGUUUGUACGGUUUUUAAGAUUUGUCAACUUAAAAAAAGAAAAAGAAAAAAAAAGAAGCUUGACUCAUGGUGGAUGUUUUUUCUCAGGAUUUGUAGCACAGUGCAGCGCCGAGCUCGAUCUACAUUCAGCCUACAGUACAAACACACAGAACGGUCAAAGAUGGACAAAGAGAGGAGACGAGAGCGUUUUUUCUGACUGGAAUUCAGCACACGGGCUCAAAUCGACCCCAACGGACAAGCUGAAGGGAGAGUCCUGUCAGUUAGAAGCUGUGGAUCAGUGUUUCUGAUGAACUCUGAAUGAUCCGAGACAAGCCGGGAAUCAAGUGAGAGCGUGACCUCACAUCAUGCAUUCACAGUUACACAAACCAACACUCUGUACAUAAUGAAGUGCAACUAUGGUAGAUGGAGAGUCAUACAUUUGUACACAGUGCUAUUUAAAACUACUUUUGUAUAAAGAACCUGUUGGUACAAAAACAUGAGAGUCUUUGUACAGAGGAGACGUAUAUCAGAGGUUAUGGUUGUACAGUUUGCAUGUUUCCAUCUUGGCCGACAUUAAAUUCUGAUCGAUAAAUGUGGAGGAUAUCACACACACACAUGUCUGAGUGACGGCUGCUGGUUCACGUGUGGCUGCUAUCUCUUCCUCUCUGUUGGUCGCUGUUUAAUGUUUGAAUAAAUACAAAGGAUCCCUGUCA